AAUAUAGUUGAUUAAUUUGUUUGUACGUUAGCUACGGUUUCUACUAUGUAGACGCGUAAAUUUAAGUUCGUGCAAGUAAUUUUGCCUGCAAUAACUGAUACACCAUCUGGUUAUAUAAAAAAAAUUGUAUUCCCAACCACGAAGUUCCAAUGAGAAAACCACCUGUUUAAAUGCAAAAAAUAAAAAGCUAUGAGAAUCACUUGUUGACUAUUUAUCAACACACCAGCACACAUACUUAAAUCAUACCUGCCAAUUCAACAGUUAAUUUGCUUCCGUGUCAUUGGCAAAACCACUUAAUGCGUUCUGAGCUGUGAAAAUAAUAAGUUGCAAUAUGUCGGUCUUAAAAUCAUAUUUCGCACUCUUUAUACUCAUUGUCACGUUAUUUGCAAGCAAAAAUGCAGAAGAGUUUCUUGUUGGGCGCAAUAAAACCAGGUACCGUGUGGAAGAGCUACCUGAGGACAAAUUCUUAGCUUUUAGCACACUUUCGGAUGUACCGCAUUUACGUGAAGCCGUUAAGAAUAUACUUGUUCCACGCGUUGUUGGCACACCUGGACACACUGCGGUGCGCAAGUAUAUCACAAAUAGUUUGCGUACGCUUAACUGGUCCGUUGAGUACGAUAAAUUCCAUGAGACAGUGCCUAUUUUGGGUAAAAUACAUUUCCACAAUAUCAUUGCAAAACUUAAUCCAGAUGCCGAACGCUACUUAGUGCUUGCAUGUCACUAUGACAGUAAGUACUUUGAAGACUUUGAAUUUCUUGGUGCAACGGAUUCUGCUGUACCAUGCGCAAUGCUACUUAAUAUAGCACACGUAUUACAAACGCAACUUGAGCCAUUCCGACAAUCGAAACUUAGCUUAAUGUUUAUUUUCUUUGACGGUGAAGAAGCUAUCAAGGAAUGGGGACCACAUGAUUCAAUUUAUGGUGCACGGCAUUUAGCUAAGCGUUGGCAAGAAGACGGAACAAUAAACUCUUUAGAUAUGUUGGUACUUUUAGAUUUAAUUGGUUCGGCUGAUCCCGCUUUUUAUAAUUUCUUUGCCAACACGGAAGCCUGGUAUUCGCGUUUAGUUUUAUUGGAAGAACGUCUCUCAAAUAUUAAUAUGUUGGAUCGUUACAUAAGUAAUGGUGUGUCUCGCCAAUAUCCAAAUCGUUACUUUCAACCAAACACGUUGCGUUCGUCAUUUGUUGAAGACGAUCAUAUACCAUUUUUGAAGCGCGACGUGCCCAUAUUGCACCUGAUAACGAUACCAUUUCCAACCGUUUGGCACACAAUACAUGACAACGAGUCGAUAAUUGAUUACACUGCCACGGAAAAUAUAUUACGCAUUAUCCGCUUAUUUGUGGUGGAAUACUUGCUAAACGCGAUUAAGGAUAAGUGAGAUAUAUACAGACGAUAGCGGUACGACGCAACGGGAAUGUGCAGUGUAAUAUAUAAAAUUAGUACCAGUAAUCAAUGUGAUAGGCUUUCUUACCGUUUAAAUGUAACACUAUUAUCUAUCUAAUUAAAAUCCAAAAGUUUAUGGAAAACAACUAUAAUAAUUAUACACAUGUGUAUGUA